AUGCUGGUGCAUCAGGUGAAACUGAUGAAUGUUCGACUUGCAGCGGCUGAAAAGCGGAAUGCUUUCGCCGCUGAUGAGGAGAAGGGUGCAGAGGUCAGGGGGAGCAAGGAUAUUGCUGCUGCUGUGGUUAAGGGGAAGGGAGUUCACAAAAGUGACACUCAUGAGCAGCACAAAUGUGAGGUAUCGGUGGAGCUGAAGGAUGCAGCUGUGAAGGAGAAAACGAUGAUGCUGAAUGUGGAAAGCGUUGCAGCUGAUGGAACCGGGAUGAUGAGGGAACCCGAGGUGAAGCGUAGCUUGGAGGAAGCAGAUACGACCUUGGGUGGUAAUGAUGUUACCUUUGUGAAGCUGCAAGUAGCUGAUGCCAUGGGAGAUAAAAGUGUGGGGAGGGAUAAGACAGCCUUCCCUAAAACUGGAGUUGGGAUCGGCAAUGUGGCGAAGCCGGUCGACAGUGAGAAGCUGAGUGAUAUAGUUGAAUAG